CACCUUCGCGCGCAGAGCCUGCGCUUGUCUUGUCCUGAGCAUAUUCAUCUUCUUGCCGACGCACUUACAAAAUGGAAUCUUUGCUACCUUCUACUCCAUUGGACCGACUGAUUGCACUCGAUCGGAUAGACCUCCAGGACAAGUACAGGGAGGUGAUCACGAGGAGGCCGAGGGACGUGCCCGCCCUCCUUCGAUCCUUAUACCGCGAAGGGAAGCUCCUUGAUCACAACGCACUGUUGAUGUCAACUUUGGAUACGAUACAUCCUCGUGGAGAUCAGUUGAAAAAACUACUUCUAGGCGGCCUCCACAACGUCUUUGUAGAUAUCUUGACAGACCACGCCGUCUAUGCUACUUUUGAGGGCUGUUUGGGAAGGCUGAUAUUUGGUCUUGCAGAGAUCGUGCUAGCGCUUGUAGGAGAGCUACGAGGUCAGCGCAUGGGAGAAAAUCCGAUCGUUGACCAGCUCCUUACUCGAUCUGCUGAGCUCUGGGGAAUGAUAUGGUCUAAGCGUAGCCUGUUGCAGGGCGAAACCACUAGUGACAGAGACUAUCAGAAAGCCGUCAAAAAUUUGGCUGCCUCUUGGAAUGUGAUGAUGAACCAGAACAACUUCUCAUCCGAAAAUCCUCUCUGCACUCGCUUAGGACACGUUGCGAUCUACUGCUGGCAUCAUCUCCCGCAGCCGACUCUAAGCUCUCGGAACACUCGAGGCAAUGACUUGCUUGCAGUAUUGAUCAGUCAGUUUCUGAGUGGGUGCUCACAGCAAACUCGAGACCAGCUCGUUC